UGGGCGCUGUUCAAAGACGAAGAAGAAUGGGAACUGUUUUGGUGGUUGAUCAAGCAUGUUGGUCAGAACAGGAUUGACGAGUUCCUCAAGCUCUCAAUUCAAGAUUGUACAUACCACAGCCCCAUACAAAGAAACUGUGAUCUAUCAGCCAACUGGAAGUACAAAUUCUUCCAGCAAAUUGACGACUUACCUACAGGAGCUGCUUGGCACUGCGAGGUAGUCAAAGUACGAGGUGAUUGUAUUGGCAAAGACGGAAGCUUUAUGAAGGAAGAGCUGGAGCUUUGGAGGCGUGAUCCUGUGGAGUGUGUCGAGGAGCUCAUUGGAAACCACACAUUCGACGGGAACAUCGCCUACGCACCUGAGAGAGUCUAUACCGAGGACACAGCCACCAGACAUCGGUAUGAUGAGAUG